CAGUUGUGCGCACGAGCGGCUGUGCCGGAAGUGUCCCGUUGCCCUCCACUAGCCGCCGUCCCUGUACUGUCCGAAGAGCUGUAGGACGACUUGGUCUGAAAUCAUGGUGUUUGAGGAGAAAAUGAUCACAAACGGAGACCCAGAGGAGGAAGAAGAAGAAGAGGAAGAAGAAAUGGUGGACCCGUUAGAGGUGAUCAGGCAGAAAUGUGAGGAGACUGAGCACUGUGUCCACACGCAUGAGAAACUUGAGCUGUGUGAGACGAGGGUGGGCUCACGGUCAACCAACGAGGACUGCACUGAGGAGCUUUUUGAUUUCCUGCAUGCACGAGAUCACUGCGUGGCCCACAAGCUCUUCCACUCGCUCAAAUGAAGCUAUUCAGAUCCUCAUCACUGCUUCUUCAUGGCUCUACUGUCAGUAUCAUUAAUAAACUUGUUAUUUGUAGGCAGUGAGCUGAUUGCUGACAUUUUUUUUCCAUCAGAGCCAAUGUACUGUACUGUACCUAACAGUGUGUCCAAUGAUGAUUUGUGAAUAAAAUGUUGUAAUGUGUUACAUCUCUGAAUUAAAUACAGUUCUUAAGCCAG